UGCGCGUGGCGCGCUGCGCCGCAUAAUCUUGCGUAUCAGUGAUCGGCAGUGCCAUCCAGAAGGCAGUAGGUUACGGGUUCUAAUGUGGUGAAAUUUAGGGAGCCCUUAUUGGUGCGAUCGGUGAAAAAGGAAAACGUGUGAGGGGGUAGAGGGUACACGAUAGUAGGUGCACGAUACUCGCGAGUGUCGGGAGAUCUAGUGCCGAGCCAUCAUGGCGAAUCCACGAAAGUUCAGUGACAAGAUCGCGCUACACAAACAGAAGGAAGCGCAGGAAAGAGCGGCGUUCGAGGCGAUCAUGCGAGAAGUUUCGGAUGUCACAAGCAGAGUCGCCUCGGCGAGCAGCUCGGUGUGUGCCAGUCCCACGGGAUCCGGGGUACUGGAGACUCCGCUGUCCGUGAAGAGUGCCGGCGCCAGUCCACCUCAGUCCAGCGGCAAACACCUGCACAUUAACCUGGGAAAUCAGUUCAGGGCGGGUGGCUCUCUGCCGAAUGUUAACAACAACGCGAAUUGCGGCAAUGACGCGAAAGAACACGCAUCGCCGCACAACGCCGCUAUCCACUCGAUCGACCUUAAGACAGCGCUCAGCAAUUUGGAGGAGAUGCAGCACAAUUCCAUGGUGUAUCGUAACAACGAGAGGGGUAGGAGCAUGGGGGUUGGACCGAUGCGACCUCGUCCGAUGGAAAAAAGACACGAUACCUCACCGUACAGCGGUGUUCCGUAUCUUUCACCACCGCCACCGGACACAUGGAGGAGAACGAAUUCAGACUCGGCUCUGCAUCAAAGCGCCAACGAAGCCUGCCAGUCAAACACCACCAUCCCCCAUCGACGAGAUCAGCAUACCAUAACCGGGUCCGGGAGCGACAACAGGGACCUGCAUUACGGAUUCAUCGAACGGCCAAGAUCGUCCUGUGAAAUACCUCGAGUGCCUGGAAGCAACAUAGAUCCGAGCUCUCAACCACCAGGACAGCAAAUUCCCAUAGGCAACACGCGAUCGUUGCCCGACCUGGUCCACUUCCCGUCGGAUCAAGAGGAUCACUCGAGCAGUACACCAUUCAGCAACAGUCGUCAAACGAGCAGUCCCACAAAUCUGUCGCCGACCAGCUUACCCCAAGCUGGGAGGCUAUCCUUUUCGCAGGAUCAGACCAGCGCCCAAGGUGUGGCGCUAGAAAACAGCACAAGUACUUCGCAACAGGAUCUUCAGAGUUAUUCGCAACAACCGGUGCCUCAGCCACCGACGGCGACGUCCCACAGUCCAACUGGUCACUACAUUUAUCAGCAACCGCACAGUCCUGUGCCACCGCAAAGUCCAAAGUCGUCGCAGACACAGCAACCGCAGCUCAACUCCUUAGGCUCGUACAGAUCCUCGCAGCAGGUGAAUAGGCCGUCGCCUCAAUCGUCACCCGGACUAACGAUUCAAGGCAGCCCGUUGAGUUACAGUAACAAUCCAUCGGCGCCUCCUAGUCCCACGGGUCAUCCAGGUCCACCGAACUUAACGUCAGAGAACAUCGACCAAAACAAUUACUUCCUGAACCAGGCACAGGCAGCGGCGCUUCAGCAGGACUUCGAGCAGUUCACGAUGGAUUGGCCGAAAUUCGCGCAGCAGCUCAUGGAACUUGGUUGCACCUGGAACCCGCAGAUAGAGAUGGACACGCCCGUGCCGACCAACAUGAUUGGAACGUAUAUCGGUUCGCCGAAUCACACCACGAAUUACACACAGAACGACACGAUGAAUGUGGGAGGUGAGUUGGGCAGCGCAGAUGCCGGGUACUUCAGCACGAGUCCCCAAAUGCCGUAUCAACCUAACACAACGACCACUACUAGCAACAACAGCACCACCACCCAGCAACUCACGCCUCAGACACCGAACACCCCAACGAUCAUUCUCACUGACUUCUCCGGGGCAGACGACCUUACGAAUCCAGAAUUCGUAAAAGAUCUCGGGACGGCGAUGAUGGGCGACUUCGACCCAGAUCUUUUUCCAUCGGACGAUGCUUUGAGACAGGGUCUCGAUCCCAUCGAUAUGGAUGGUCUACAAAUGCUCACCGACCCGACGAUGGUUAUAUCCGAUCCCAGCGCCGAAGCCCAUUUUAGGCGGGAUCGACUUUAAGGCGAGACAUUUUACUCAUUUUCGAUUAUGCGCUGACUAUAUUACGUAGGAAAUUUUAUCUGUCCUGGUGUCGCGAUUUAUUCUUGGGACACUUUGACAAAUGGGACGAGUCUUGUUCGCGGCCGUCGAUGCGCUUCCAACGGGAAAUCGUCUUUCUACGAACGGAGCAAUCGCUACCACCGCCAUAUCUUCGUCAUCGACGUCGGAAAAAAGGAAAACGAGAACAUCGUAGAUCGAUUAAAAGUAAAUAGGUGGGAACGCGAUCAACGAAUUAAUUAUGCGAUUCGUUCUAUCGUUCUCCGUCGAAAAUGUUGUAAUAUCGAAGACGAAAGCAACGAGAAAUUACGAUCGUACGUCACGAAGGCGAACAAUCGGCCAGAAAACGUGUUCGCGUUGGAAUCGACCAAGCGACACUGAUGUCCCGUUCGUGAUAAACCGUUAAUUGAGGAUUAAGUAAUACAAAUCUUUAUUAAUCCUUUUUUUAUUUUAUACUACUUUGUACAUUGUAUCAUGUAUGAUCUCUAAGAAGCACAAAACAAAAUGUUUACUGAUUUAUACAUGCUUUUAUCAUAUACGAUCCUAGUAAGGUAAAAAAGAAAGAUACUACUGUUUAGGUGAAAAUUAACGUUUAGCGAAAAUGAUAAAAGAAAAAAGAAAAACAAGAAAAAAAAAUACAGAA